CACGAGAUACAUAUAAGCGAUGUACAGUGACCUUUAAACUUGCGAGUUAAGUUCUUAUCACUCAAUUAAAAAAAAUACGAAAAAUUAUGUCCACUAUUGAAAAGGAUUAUAAAAUAGUACCACUUCAUAAACGACCAGAUUUAAUUCCAGAGUGUUGUACAUUAUUGAAUUCUGAAUGGCCAAGAAGUGAAACUGCACGGUUAAAAUUUCUAAAUGUAUCAUGUGACGAAUUUCCCAUAUGUUUUAUACUUAUUGAUAAAGAAGACAGAGUCCUUGGUCAUUGUAAAAUAUCUUUGAUACCUAGAUUACGUAACAGUUGUUUUAUACAAUCGGUAUUAAUUGACUAUCAAUGUAGAUCUCGAGGACUUGGAUCUAGACUAUUACGAGGUGUUGAAGAAUAUGUAGCAAAGAAAGGAAUUAAAAAUGUAUAUUUAAUCACUAAAGGCCAAGAAGUUUUUUACUUUAAAAAUGGAUAUAAAGAGUGUGAUCCAUUUAAAGCAUCAGGAAUCAAUGAUGUUGUAUAUUCUAAUGCAGCAUUUACUAAAGCAAAACUUAAAGAGAAAAGUACACAAUGUUGUGGUCCACCACCACCUCCAAUGCCAAAUUUUCAGAUGCCAAAAUUCUAUGAUUUAGGUGUUACAACACAUAGAACACACAUGGUGAAAAAAUUAUGAUCAUAAACAGUGACAGUCAAUUUUACUUCUACAAGAUUCUUUUAUAUUCCAC